UAUUUUACUUCUUCGGUAGAAAUGAGUUGUAAUUGAAAUUUUAUUUAAAUUUAUAAAAGAGAUAUUAAACAAUGGAUUUGCAACAAUUGGAAGAAGAAGCACGCCAGGCAGCACUUAAAGAUAUACAAAAUAUGCUGCAACGGCCUGGACAGUUGGAGAAAGUUGAACAAUACCGUCAUCGCAUAGCACGAAAAAAAGCAUCUGUGGAGGCGUUGUUAAAAACGGGUAUGCAAAAUCAAUUGGAAGGCGUGCGAGUGGGUCUGAAGCAGCUCGAGACGUGUAUGCAGGAUGUGCGUGAGGUGCGUCGUCGUAUGGUGGACGUGGAACAACUGCUCAAAGGCGUGCCAGAGAUCUAUGACGCCUUGGAAGUGGUUCGCGAGGAGAAUACAAAACAUUCGCAAUAUGCAACGGCUAUGGAGAAUCUGAAGCACAUCUUUAAUGUGGAUGCAAGUGUGCAAAAGACCAUGGCACUCAUAGACGAAGACAAACUGUUGAGCGCGCAUCAGUGUCUGGCCGAUUUGGAGAAUUCGCGUGAUGAUCUACUCUACGAGCUGCAUAAACAGCCCAAGCAACAUGCCUCCGAUAAGAUUACGCUCAAGCGUCACUUCGAAAAGGUCGAUCAAGUGUCUCAGGCACUGGAAAAGAAGCUACGCCUGAUCAUCAGUCGGACGUUAAAUACUGUCCGAAAGAAGCCGACAGUAAUUGUGACAGCAUUGCGAAUCAUCGAGCGCGAAGAGAAAAAUGAUCAAUUUGCGCUGCAACAGCAAAAAGUCACGAAUUUCUUGCCACCAGGCAGACCUAAGGCAUGGCGUUCCAUGAUCAUGGAUGUCCUCCAAGCAGCUGUGAUCACGCGCAUUGAAGGCUCCAAGCUGGAGGAACGCUCAGAUAAUAAGUUGUGGCUAGUCCGCGAUCUGGAGAUAUUGCGACAAAUCAUUCUUGAAGAUUUGCGUGUAGUUAAAUCGUUGUGCGUCCCCUGCUUUCCACCUCACUACGAUAUAUUCAAUGAAUAUGUAAAGUUCUACCACGAAGGAUUAUCUAGCUAUCUGGAUAACAUUGUGAAAUCGGGCCUUCAAGGCAAUGAAUAUGUCUCCAUGUUAGCCUGGGUUAUGCACACUUAUCCAGGCGCUGAUCUAAUGUCGCAUGCAGACCUGAAUGUGGAUGUACUAAAGCUGUCGCGUCCACUUCUGCAUCCGCAUCACUUAAAAUCGCUAGAGGAUGAGUAUUUGCAGAAUAUGGAACGUAAUUAUCAGGAUUGGAUGAAAAAGACCGUUGAUUCGGAGAAACAGGAAUGGUAUUCUGAACAGUUGCCCGAUCAGCGAGAUCAUUAUUACAAUAGUGCUGGCCCGGUAAUCAUAUUCGAGAUGAUCGAUCAGCAUUUGCAGGUGACAAACACCAUACAUCAGGAGCUGACAUUUAAAGCAUUAGUGCUCAGCAUACAACAGGUGGAAUUGUUCGGACAAACUUAUCUCAAGAAUGUCAUUGAAUUGAAGGAACAUCAUUUUCGGAAUCGAGAUCAAAUCAAAUACUUUACCCACUAUAUCAUAACAAUUGUUAAUAAUAGUCAGAACGUUGUGGAAAUGGCACAGCAAAUGAAGCAUCUCUUUUGGCCUAAAUCGAGGACGGAACAUUACGAAGAUUUUGAGAAGCUAUUAGCAACAUUUCAAAGGAUACGCGCACAUGCAGCGAACUAUUUGCUGGAGGAGGCCUUUCUCGAUAUGGAAUGUCAUUUCAAUGAUCUAUUUACGAUUAAGUGGCUCGGCAGCAGCAUUGCUGUGGACACCAUUUGUGUCACGCUCGAUGAUUACUUUCAGGACUACAAUCAUUUGCUGCCCGCUAAUUUUGAGAUGGUGAUCAAUGAGGCGCAGAAGUUGCUUGCGAAGCGCUAUAUAAGAGCUCUUCUAUCGAAGAGACUUUCGAAGACUCGUAGCGAAUGCGAUGCAAUAACAAGAAAAAUCAAUUUGGAAGCGAAGCGCAUAAAACAGUUCUUCGAGAAGAUUGCACCAAAGAUUUCGCUAAGUGAUUCCCCCUUGGAUUUAAUAACAACUCUAUCGUCUCUCAUUGUGGCGGACAUUGAGCUGCUCGCAUUGGAUUUACAUACGCUGCUGGGCAGUUAUCCUUCUUUAACUGAGGAUCAUUUGGUGCGUAUCUUCUACAUACGCAGCGAUGUAAAGGCCGCAGAAGUGCGAGAGAAGGUUCAGGAUGCGAUGAAGUCAAAGAAGUCUAUGGUCAGCAUUGCAAAACAGGAUUGCAUAUUUAAGGAAAUAGUAUUUAGUGAUAAGCUGUGGUAGAACCGACAUCAUUUAUAAACCGCAACAGUGCUCAUUCAUAAUUCCAUUCCAAACGCCGGUCAGCUGGUCUUUGCAUUGGCGCGCUUUUGCUAGACGAGCUUUCAUAGCGAUGAAAGCUCUCUCUCGCGCAGCAUGUGCAGAGCAAACACAGUGGCGUAGCAGAGAAAGUUUCCUGGCUGAAACUUUGCCUAGGCAAUGUGUCUGCCUGGUUGGAGCUGUUGCCACGCCACUGGCGCAGCAUAAGCAUUGUGGAGCAGCACGUUUCCAUAUGAUUUUCAGUUUUGUUUGUGCGCUUGACUCAGUAACAGAGCGCAUAGUCCAUUAAAUAAUUAUUAAUUUUUAUGU